CUAAAAAAAAUUAAAAAAUUGAAAUGUUUGUUAUAGCACACCCAUCCGGCUCACGUUAGUAAUAAGCAUCUCCUGUUUUUAUCACGCACACUUUCUCUCUUUCUGUGCAACUUGUGAUUCAUUCAUUUUACUUUUUCUGAUUCAUUACAUCAUUGCAAAUUUUCUCAUUCCCUUCUUCCAAAUUGGGUUUUUCAGGGAUUACUUGCUUACAGACAAGAAUUUCGUUUUCUAUUGUAAAAAAAUUGAAUUUUUAACCUUUAUUGAUGGCAAAAAAAGGUAUUGUGGGUUGAAUCAAGAACAAGUUUUUAUCUAAUUUUGGGGAUUUGAUUUUGGAGGCGUAAUUUAGGGAUUAGGAAUUGAGGUUGUAAUUAAGAAUUAGCAAAGUUGCAAUUUUGAUUUGUUAUUGGUUUUGAAAUGGAUGACAUUGAGGAUGAUUCAAUUGGAAGUUAUCCUCCAAACCCUAACAAUCAUGGUUAUGGUUAUAUGAAACAUCCUUUGAGGAAUUCUUCAUAUUCCCAUCCGGUUGCGAAUGAAUCUUCCCGAGAUUAUAAUGAUGUUGUUGCUGUUGCUGUUGAUGAUGACGAUGAUGUUGUUGAAGAUGAAGACCGGUUAGGAGGGGAAGAUGAUAUUGUUGAUGUUGUUGAUGAUGAUGUUGAUCGAAAUAGAAGUGUUCAAAAUUCCUUGAACCGGGUUGAUGAAGAUGUUGACAUGGAUGGAGAUGGGGAUGGGGAUGAAAAUGAUGAUAACAAUAGUGACGAUAAUGACCAACAACAGAAUGAGGAAUAUGGUUAUGUGAAACGUCAUGAGAGAAAUUCUCCAUAUUCUCAGUCAUUUGCAAAUGAAGGUAACAAUGAUGAGGAUGAAGAAGAUGAAGAGCGGUUAGUGGAGGAAGAAUAUGGUGGUGAUGAUGAUGAUGAUGUUGAUCAAAUUAAUAAUGUUCAGCUUUCUCUAAAGCAAGUCGAUGAAGAAGAUAACUAUGAUGAGGAUGGGGAUAGGGAUGAAAAUGACGAUGACAACGACAAUGACGGUGAUAAUGACGAUAAGGAGAAAAGUUAUGCCAUUAUGAAUAAUGAAGAUGAAUUUGAGUGGCACCCAAAAAAGCAAAAGCUGAAGAGUUUGAUUUCAACCUAUGAAUUCGCAGCUCGGGUGCCGACACCAUCAGCUGUAGCUACUUCAGCUACUAAACCGUCUUUUAGGGUUAGAAAUUCCCUUACUGAGUGGACUGAGAAGGAGACAUUUAUUCUUCUUGAUGCGUGGGGUGAUCGGUUUCUUCAACAUGGAAGGAAGAGUCUUCGAUCUGAUGAAUGGCAACAAGUUGCAGAAAAGGUAUCAGAAGUUUCAAGAGUUGAAAGAACAGGUACUCAGUGUAGAAAUCGUUUAGAUACAUUGAAGAAAAAAUACAAAAAGGACAAGAUUAAGUUUUCAGAAAUGGGUGGCGGAGAUAAAAAAUGGGUUUAUUUCAAGAAGAUGGAUAAGCUAAUGUCUUCUCCACCACAACAGGCAGGUUUCUCUUGUGGUUUGGACUCAAGAGAGAGUGUUUUCAUGAAGCCGAGAGUUUAUGUAAAUCAUGCAAAUGGGUUGGAUGACAUGAAAGAUAGUCCUGAGAAUACUGAAUCCAUCGGUGUAGAAAGUUCAGAUGGACCUCGCACAAAGAAAAGAAGGAAGGGAAAGAGCGAUGAUAACGAUUAUUCUUUCAAAUUACUUGCUGAUUCCAUUCAGAAUUUUGGUAAGAUAUAUGAGAAGAUUGAAAAUAGUAAAAGGCAGCAGAUGCUGGAACUGGAAAAGAUGAGGAUGGAAUUUCUCAAUGAUUUGGAAAUACAAAAGAGACAGAUUUUUGAAAAAUUGCAGAGUGAGAUUUUGAAACUAGAGCAAAGAGAUGAUUAGAAUGAUGAUUCUGUUGAGUCUGGUAUGUAAAGUCUUAUGCAUUGUAGUUACCAUUGUUGUGUAACAUAGAAUGAAGACACCAGACAGCUAGUUGUUGUAUCAUUAGUUCAUUACCUUGUUGGCAUAUUCAGAACCUUGUUCAAUGUUUUCUUAUGUCAAAUUUAUGAAUAAUGUUAGAUUCUAUUA